UUCAAUGUUACUCCUUUGUGGAGUCACCUGAACUGAAGAGAGAGGGUGUCCCGCAUCACCCGAGAUGACCUCCUUUCCUCAGAGGAGAAGGACUCUUCACGCAACUGCCUGUCCCUUUCGCACUGGUGUCUUGUGGGGUGUGGAAGCGUCCCUCUACUGCUACCUCUAUUGUCUCCUUCAGAUUCUGGGGGCAUUCUGGAAAAGGCUGGAGUCAGAAGAUGAGGACAACUCUUUCAUGGUAACCAGUGAGACGAAUAUGGCCACCAUCUCCAGUCUGAGCCCAGGGAAGAUAUAUGCCUUCCAAGUGCGAGCCCGGACAGCAGUGGGUUACGGGCCCUACAGUGGAAAGAUGUAUUUCCAGACCCUGGUGGGAAGGGCGUAGGGUGGCAUAUGCUGGUCUACCCGUCUCCAUUUUACUAUCACAACAAUGUUGUGAGGUAGGUUAGGCUGAGAGAAGGUGACUGGCCUGAAGUCUCCCAGCGAGCUUCCAUGACAAAGUGGCCUCCCCGAUCCUAGUCCAAGCUGUUUAUGGUAUGAUAUUUUACUGUGCGGUUUGUUCUUACUAAUGUUUUAUGUCAAUAAAAUAAACCUACCCAUUUGUGUUUAUUUUCACUAUGUGUACAGGGAAGCCAUGGCUAGUCAUGGCUUUCCGGUGCGCUCACAUGUC